AUGUCGUUUGGAACUCCCAAUACUGGUGAUGGAAUCCAUGGAUUGCCUAUUGAUAGCCUCGUUGACGGGGCAGAAUACUUGGGAAGCGAGCAACCAAGCAACACGGUGCCUCUUACGGGCUCUCAAAUCAGCGCUGCUGGUGGGUUAGGCGGGGCAGCCACUUUGGAGGGGUCUGAUAAUGGUCAAGGGCCUCAAAUUGGUGCUGCGGGUGGGCCAGGCGGCGCUGCAGCCCUGGAGGCAUCAAACAAUCGAAUUGGUGGUGCUGGAGCGUUGGGAGGCGCGGCAUCGCUUGCAGAUACGAAUAAUCCGCUAUCCAACUCAAAUUCUGCGCCUGAAAUUGGAGUAGGAGGUUUGCUUGGUGGAGCAGCAUCUUUGGAGGGACUCCCAGUCACGAAUAACCCAGUAUCGAGCACGGGUUCUCAAAUCGGUGGCGUGGGACAAGUUGACGGCGAAGGUUUGCCUGGGGGCUUGAAUAAUCCCUUGUCGGGCUCAAAUCCUCGAAUUGGUGGAAGUGGAGUUCUUGGGGGAGGGGCAUCCAACAAUCCUCCAGGCAGCUCUAAUGGACUUCUUUCAGAUACCAUUACGGGACUUGGACUCGGAAACCUUCUAGGCGGAGGCUCUACAAAUCCCUGAGUUGCCAACAAUCCGCAAUCAGGAACAGGACUUGGAUUAGCCGCUGGCUUGGGUCUCGGAGCUGUGCUGGGAGGAGGUUUGACGAACCCACAAGAAGCUAAUAACAAUCAACCUGCAGCGGGGAUUGGCGCAGCCGCCGGUCUUGGAUUGGGAUUGGGCUUGGGGGGUGGAUCGUCCAAUUCUCAACCCAACUCACAGCCUCGAACCGGUACGAAUGAUGUUAUCGGCGAGAUUGUUCCGUUGGAAAGUGGCAGCAACAUACCGUCUGGGUCAGCCCCUUCGCUUAACGACGCUGGUGUGCUUGGCGGAGGAGCACCUUUAUCGGGACUCAACGGUGUAAAUAACGCCAUUGGUGCUGCCGGAGGCCUUGGAGGCGGUGCAUCUUUGGGAGGGGGAUCCAAUGGUCCUUCUCAAUGGAAUAGUGGACUUGAUGUCGCUGGCGGCCUUGGAGGUGGUGCAAUCUUGUCAGGAGUCAACACCCAGAACCCCAGGCUACCUGGAAACGGUGAAAUUAAUGGCACCCCUCCUACUGAAUCUAAUCAACAGCCUUCCGGAAACAUCCUAUCCUUUGGUUAGGCACUGGAGUGGGCGCCGAAGUUUCUCUGCCCAAUCUUCCGAUUGUUGGUGGAUUGGAUGCGUCACUGGGUGUCGGUUUGGGCGCUGUUUUGGGUGGUUCAAAUGGAAAUGAUCCUCCUUCCAACACGGGGUCUACAAGCACACCCAUCAUUGGAGGAGGGAAUGGAGAUUGUUCCUCGCCAAGGCAGAAUACUGGCAAUGGUGUUUUGGACGGACCAAAUCCAAACUCCGUUGUCACGUCAGGAGAAGAUGUUGUGAACUCUGGACUCGGAGCAGCGGCGGGUCUGGGCCUUGGCUUGGGUUUAGGAGGAUCAGGACAACCGACUACUCUUCCUAGAUUGCCUUUGGGAGGUGGUUCAUUGCCGUCGAACAAUGAGAAUGGGGGUUUGGAUGUACUGAAUCCAAACAAUGUUAUCAGGUCAGGAGAAGAUGUUGUAAACUCUGGACUCGGAGCGGCGGCAGGUCUAGGGCUUGGCUUGGGUUUAGGAGGAUCAGGAGAAUCUACUUCUCUACCUAACACACCAUUGGGAGGUGGUUCAUUGCCGCCAAACGAGAACGGGAGAUUAGGCGUACUGAAUCCAAACAAUAUUAUCGGGGCAGGACAAAAUACUGUCAAUUCCGGCCUGGAAGCGGCAGCGGGCCUAGGGCUGGGUUUGAAUUUAGGAGGAUCAGGCCAGCCUAAUUCUCUUCCUCGCUUGCCUUUAGGAGAUGGUUCUCUGCCGUCAAAUAAUGAGAAUGGGGGGUCGUACGUACUCAAUCCAAAUAACAUGUCGGAACAGGACAAGAUGUUGUGAACUCAGGCCUUGAUGCGGCAGCUGGUCUAGGACUCGGAUUAAACUUAGGAGGAUCCAACCGACCUAUAACCCCUCCAACUACGCCUUCGGAGGGCAAUACCGGAAUCGAUACAAACGCUGGCGUUGGCAUCGGUGGAAUACUAGGUGAAAUAACAAGACCCAGCUCAAUACCUCGCACUGGAUUGGGAUCUCAACCCAACACUGGAAUUGGAGCCGCGGCGGGUCUUGGUCUCGGGUUGGAUUUAGGAGGCUCCGAACAGCCCACCUCUACUCCUAAUACCCCUUCUGAAGGUGAUACUGGGAUUGAUACGAACGCUGGACUUGGACUUGGUGGGAUAUUAGGUGGAAUAGCAAGACCUAGCUCGACUCCUCGUACUGGACUAGGCUCCCAAGGAAACACUGGCCUCGGCGUAAAUGCUGGAGUUGGUGUCGACACGAAUCUUGGGGGAAUCCUCAAUCCGCCCACUGGAAGCAAUACGGGCCUUGACGUGAAUGCUGGAGUUGGUCUUGAUACAAACAUUGGAGGAAUCCCUAGUACGCUUUCUGGGAGUGAUACCGGAAUCGAUGCGAACGCUGGACUCGGAAUUGGGGGCAUAAUAGGUGGAACCACAAUACCUACCUCAAUUCCUCGUACCGGUCUAGGCUCACCAGGCAACACUGGUCUAGGCGUAAAUGCCGGCGUUGGAGUAGAUGCCAAUCUUGGAGGAACUAAUAAGCCUUCAAGAAGUAAUGCAGGACUUGACGUCAACGCUGGAGUCGGCAUUGGAGUGGGAUUGGGAACCAACAUACCUGAUGUAUUACCUGGUGGAAUUGAACAUGGGUUUGGGAUUCCUCGAGGAGACGGAAGAGACAAUGUAACUGAUCCAGUCGGCGGUAACGGAAUACCUCCAGGGGGGACAAAUACCAGAGGUAACCCAGGCAACGGAAACGGAAUCCCUUUGGGUGAAGUUAUAGACGGCAUUGGAGCUGCGAUUGAUCCUGUGAUUGGGAUACUGGAAGGACAAGGGACAGGAGGAGGUAUUCCAUAAGGAUCAACAAACGGAAACAACCCUCAAGCCACCAGUAUUCCCCAGAGUGGAGGAGGCGGAACGAAUAACCCAACGAAGAGUGGAACGAACGUGGGAAACAAUCCGGGGACAAAUACAGGAACCAGCACUUUAAGCAAUCCAGGAAGUGGCAACGGUAUUCCUCCAGGAGGCAACAGCGGACAAACAAACGUGCCGGAGACUUCGUCUGUUUUCGAUCCUGGAUUUGGCUUGCCUACCAAUGGAAAUUCGCCUUCAUCUAAGAUAAGUAGAACAAGGACAAGGAAUCCAAGGCCAGCAACUGGUACUAGAAGUCUUAGAUCUUCGUCCACUACGACAAUUUCAGACAGCGAGCCACCAGCAACAAGCUCUUUUAUCGACAUCGAGGGUGUCGGUAGUGGGAUACAAGGCAAACGACGUCUAAGACCAACAACUUCCCUGCCGGAAAGUGCAAUCCGCAGCCCUACACUUACACUUUCGGAUAGCGUUCCAUCAGCCACUACCUCGUUUAGCGAAAGCCAGAAUGUUGGUGGUGGAGUACAAGGCGAACCUCGCCUUAGAAGUACAUCAACUGCGUCUGAAACUAGAAUCCCCACGAUACUUUCUCCUUCAUCCUCAACCAGAACAAGGCGCUUUAGACCAAGUACUGCUACAAGACGUGUUAGGCCAUCAUCGUCUUCUACCCUAUCAGAAACUGAUCAGCCCUCUACUACCUCUUUUAGCGAGAUUCAGAAUGCUGGUGGCGGGGUACAAGGUACACCUCUUUCGGGAGCAUCAACAGCACUCCCGGGUUUCGAGAGUUCAAACUCGACACCGUCAGUCAGUGAGCCAGCUGCCACUACCUCUUUCAACAACAUUGAAAGUGCUGGGGGUGGUGUACAAGGCAUACUCCGCUUACGAGCCUCUAGCACAUCCUCUGACUCUGGAACUUUAAACCCUACGCUAUCGUCUCCUACAAGAACUAGAACUAGGCGUCUUAGAACAUCCUCUGACUCUGAAACUUUGAACCCUACGCUAUCAAGUAUCCAGCCACCAGCCACUAUGUCUUUCAGCGAUAUUCUCAACGUCGGUGGUGGAGUACAAGGCGAGCCACGAAUACGCCCAAGUUCUGACUCCGAAUCAGCUACCAGGGUGCCUUGUGUAGAGACUACCAAUCUUUCUUGGUAGAGAAGCAGGCCGUUGCGAAAGUUCUCUCUCUUCGCUAUCUUCUGCCACAAGAACUAGAACUAGGCGUCUUAGAACAAGCUCCGACUCCGGGACUUUGAACCCUACGCUAUCGAUCAACCAGCCAACAGCUACUGCCUCUUUCAGCGAAAUCGAUGAAAUUGGUGAUGGAGUUCGUGGCGAACCUGGGGAGACUCUAAGCUACGAGACAAUAUCAACUGAUGAGCCGCCCCUGACUACAUCCUUCGAUGUCAUCGUAAAUGUUGACGACGGAGUACGCGGUGAGCCACGUCAGCGGGCCACUUUCACUACGAGCCCAAUUGUGACUACAUCGUCAUUGGAUAACCAGGAACCUGAUACGACCUCUUUCAGCAAUAUUGAAAACGUUGGUGAGGCCGUUCGUGGCGCUCCUCGUGUGCGCUUCACCGUGACUGAUAUUCCGAAUACACCAUCGUCAUCAGAUGAUCAGACACCUACCACGACCCCGUUCAGCGAGGUUCAAAAUGUUGGUGGGGGCGUUCAAGGUGCCCCCGUCAGCGAGGAGGUCAAACAACGAGCUCCAGCACGACCGUGCAAAGCGAGGGCAGUGUACAAGGAGGAGACCAUCCAGUCCCUACCGGAGACGACGGCUCUACCACGUUUGUGCCUCCUGAGGCUGACAAUGGCCCUCGUCCACCUAGGGGCGACGGAAGACAACCUGGAGGACAGGAUUACAAUCCACCAGAUUCUACAGAUGGACGUCAGCCGCCAAUUAUUGAUGAUGGAAGCAGUGAAGGCGAAGAUGAAGACAUGACAGGAGGCGGAAGGCCGAAUAGAGGCGAUAAUGGAAGGGUACCACCGGGGAGCAGCACUGAAGAAGAAGAGACUGGAGAAGAAGAGGACGAGGGCACAACAAUUCUACCACCUUUCGAUGAUUCUGAUGAUAAAGAUACGGAUGGUGGUCAAUUUAUCACAAAUGGAGGACGGCCAAACCGUAGAGAUCGUAUGAACAAUCAUGACUCUACCGAUGGACGUCAAAUCAUCGAUUCUGAUGAAAAUGAUGGGGAUGUAGACGGUGAACAAGUUAUCACAAAUGGGGGAAGGCCAAACGAUGACGAUGAUCCGAGACACUAUCAUGACUCAGCUCCAGGACGUCAAUCAAUUGAUACUGAUGUCGGCGGUUAUGAGGAAGACGGAGAUAUCACGGGCCAUGGUUAUCCGUCUGACUUCCAUAGACCAGGCAAUUUUUAUGGACCUCGGCCAGGCAGCGAUACCCAGGACGAGGACGAUAAGGAAGAAGAAGAUUAUCAUCGGAAUGGAAACCUAACUUGGUAUGAUCACUCAAGUAGUCCCCCAUAUUCUGCCAAACCUGGAGUUUACUACCCACCCGACGAUGGGGCUCACGUGGGUGAUGAUGGAUUUGAUGAACCAGAGGGCCCAAGUUAUCAAAAUCCUCCCUUGAGGCCAUUUGAACGGCCCGAUGAAAUUGGUGAAAGCGAAGUUCAGGAGGUUGGUAGACAAGAUGAAUCACACUUACGUCCUUCACCUGAAUUUGUCGGUGAGGACGAUGGAAGCCGCAACCCAUUAUUUGGCGAGUCCGACUUCUGGGACGAUGAAAAUAGAGUAGGACAAGGUCAACAAAGACCGCACAUCUAUGUCAAUCCUUACCGAGGACCCGAGUCCGAGGGUUCUCAUGAGGCCUCAGAAGAACCGGACGAGGCGUAUGGUGGGCUCCAUGGCGAUGAGAACCAAGAACUGUAUGAUGGCUCCGAUCGCCAGUCACGUGAGUUCGGCCACAAUUCCCAUUCAUUUGAGGAUGAUAAGAGCAAAAAUCCUCCUCAUUACUCUUUUCCUUCCGAUUUGCCCUUUGUUGAAUCGCAUGAGGAGACAGACUCAGAAUAUCGUCAUGGCCGUUACCCUUCAUUCGAGAAUGGCGAGGAUGAAAGUACCCAUGAUUACUCUUACCCUUCUGGUUUGCCAUUUAUUGACUCUCCAGAGACAGAAUCAGAACAUCAUUAUGGCCAUUCACAUGAGAGCUCAAAGGGAAGCUCAGAAUAUGGGCAUAGCGGGUACGAUAGUGAGCAUGGCGAAGGGCAGACUGGAUCUGAAUUUGAGCACAAUCACGGAUGGCAUCAAGAUGAGGAUUCAGAAUGUCACGGAGAACAUUGCAACGGCGGAAAAGAACAUGGAGAGGAAGAUAGCGAUUGGGGGAGGCCAGACCACCAUAAAGACGAAUAUUGUCACGAUAGAAAAUGCGAAGAUGACCAUGAGAAUGACGGGUUUGAAAAGCCUCACGAUCAUGAACAUGGCGCCUGGAAUCACGAUUCCAAUGGAAGCCACCCGCCAGAAUCAGACAAAGUCAAACACCACCCAGAACACCACGAAGUACACGAGUAUUAUACCACUAUUCUAACUAGUAAGUCGUUGGUCCUCGUCUAAUUAUGAACAUAUGCUAACCAUAUGUAGCCACCUACGUCGAUCUUUGUACAUGUGCAGAGAAAAGCUUGGAAAAAUUUACUCAUACGACCACCAUUGAAGUCUGUGACUGCGAGUACCCCAAGAACCCUCCAAUGACGCGCAUUCAUAAUCAAGUCAACAAGACCGAGGUACAGACCCCUGAAUGCCCGAUGACAACUGUUACCAAAUCCUGCAACGCUUGUUGACCGGCAAAGGAAAACACAAUUAUCGUCACCAUUCCCCAAAAGCCAGGUCUUCAUGUUCCCAAAGAGACAUGACAUUCGCAUCCAACUCCCGAACACCAGCGAGGAGAUCGACAGCAUACGCAUGAAGGAACUGAUUCUUCUGAGCACCAUGAGACAUGCGAAGAUGACAGUUGUGAGGAAGAAACUUUUACUUCCCAGGAGCCGGACAGGCAGUGCGAGGUUCCAGAAUGCAAUAAAGAAACUCCGAAAUCGACUACGGAAGAAGUUUGUGAUGGAGAGUCUUGCAAAGAAGACACGUCCAGUCUUAGAACACCAGGUAAAGGUUGCGAGGGAGAAGACUGCACAAAAGAGAGAAAGCCAACCAAGCACUGUGAGGGAGAAGAUUGCGAAGAAGGAUCAUCAACCUCACGAACUCCGGGAAACGUAUGUGAUGGAAAUAACUGCGAAGAACAACCACAAGGCUCUCCCAAGCCAGGACAGAACUGCGAAGGGGACGAGUGCAACAGUAAUAGUAUACCACUAUAUCCAAUCUGCCAAGGGGACGACUGCAAACGCAAAUCCAGCAACUCAUCAAAGAUAUUGCACAUCUGCGAAGGAGAAAAUUGCAAGUCCCAACCACCCGCAGACACAGCACCAUCACCAACGACUUCAAAUACGAACUCGGGUGUAUGCGGGGAAGCUGGAUGCUCCAAUAGCACCAAUCCCGGGUCUUCAGACAACAAAAACGCACCCUUAG